AUGGCCCAUUCGCGAGAAAGCACAAAGAUCGUCAUUGUCGGGGGAGGUGGCACAAUGGGAUCUUCAACCGCGCUACACCUGAUACGCUCUGGAUACACUCCCUCAAACAUCACCGUCCUUGAUGUAUAUCCAAUUCCAUCCUUGCAAUCUGCAGGAUAUGAUCUCAACAAGAUCAUGAGCAUCCGAUUACGCAACGGGCCUGACUUGCAACUUUCCCUGGAGGCUCUCGAUAUGUGGAAAAAUGAUCCGUUGUUCAAGCCUUUCUUUCACAACGUUGGCAUGCUAGACUGUUCAUCAACAAAAGAAGGUAUUGCAAGCCUUCGGCGGAAGCACCAAGACCUCACCGACGCAAAUAUCGGACUAGAGAAGACGAAUAUCUGGUUAGAGAGUGAAGAUGAUAUUCUGGCAAAAGCCCCGCACUUCACGCGGGAACAGAUCAAGGGGUGGAAGGGUUUGUUUUGCGGCGAUGGAGGGUGGCUUGCUGCAGCCAAGGCCAUCAAUGCGAUCGGAACCUUUCUAAAAAGUCAAGGCGUCAAGUUCGGAUUUGGAAGUGCCGGGACUUUCAAGCGACCUUUGUUUGCUCCUGAUGGGACGACAUGCAAUGGUGUUGAGACAGUAGAUGGAACAAAAUACCACGCCGACAAGGUGGUUUUGGCCGCCGGUGCUUGGAGUUCGACAUUAGUAGAUCUGGAGGACCAAUGCGUUUCGAAGGCCUGGGUGUUCGCUCAUAUCCAACUCACGCCCCAAGAAUCGGCCCAAUACAAGGACGUGCCCGUAGUAUACGACGGUGACUAUGGCUUUUUCUUCGAGCCCAACGAACACGGAGUAAUCAAAGUCUGCGAUGAGUUCCCCGGGUUCUCCCGCUUCAAGCAGCAUCAACCUUACGGUGCCACCUCUCCUAAGCUUAUAUCCGUUCCUCGAUCACACGCCAAGCAUCCCACGGAUACCUACCCAGAUGCUUCUGAAGAAACCAUUCGAAAAGCGAUUGCGAGGUUCAUGCCACGCUUCAAGGAUAAGGAGCUUUUUAAUCGGAGCAUGUGCUGGUGCACCGAUACUGCUGAUGCCAACUUGUUGAUCUGCGAGCACCCCAAGUGGAAGAACUUUAUUUUGGCCACAGGCGACAGCGGCCAUAGUUUCAAGGUUUUGCCCAAUAUAGGAAAGCAUGUCGUUGAGUUGAUAGAAGGACGCCUACCGCAAGACCUGGCUAGUGCGUGGAGAUGGAGACCAGGGGGAGAUGCCCUUAAGUCCAAACGCAGUGCUCCAGCAAAGGACCUUGCUGACAUGCCGGGCUGGAAGCAUGACGCGAAGCUAUGA